AUGAGCGCUGCUGGGGUGAUUCGCACGUACAUCAAGUUCAACUUCAAGCGCAUAAUUUUCACUGCUACUAGUACUAUAACAUCAAAAAAAAAAAAGACUGCAAUUGCAUUCUUCGGUCCAACUGGCGGCUGCGUCAACGCUUGCCUGGCCUACACCCUCCUAAACGGCUACAAAGCGAUUGCUCUCGCCCGCACGCCCGCCAAGCUCACAGCCCAACUCCUCCAGCAACCAGGCCUCACACCCGAGACCCUUGAACAGCAGCUCAGAAUCGUCCCAGGCGACGUCACAGACGUGGAAGCGGUCAUGAAGACCCUUAUCGUCCGGGACUCGGCCACGGGCCCCAUCGAACUAGUCUCGAGCGUCAUCUCUGGCAUCGGCGGCACAGGCGUCAUGCACUACACGCGGGAAGCCCCCUGCGACCGGGUUAAGAUGCGGCUUCCAUCGCUGCCGCACAUCGAGAUUCCAGACGCGCACAUCACAGAGAAAAGCACGGCGGCGCAGCUGGAAGCGCUGCGCCGCAUUGCGCACGAGAAGUUCCCGUCGUACGAGGCCUUAUGCGGCUGUUGCGCCGCGCGUGACUGUGAUUUCGGGGACGGGGAUCAAGAAGGGGAUCAAGCGGGAUGUGCCGCUUCUAUUUAA